AUGCCGCAGGCUUCUAUGUCGCAGCCCCUUCAGGUACCGGUAAGUAUGCCACAAGUGACGGUAAAGACUCCAGGUUCAGUCAACGGAGUCGAAAGGUCUUCAGAUGCUGCUACUUCACGUUUGGGCAAUGGAGUAGAGGGUUCGAGCAAUUCUAUAUUGGACGAACUGGAGCGCGAGGCAGACGAGAUGGCCAACAGAGUGCUUGAUCAGCCUCUUGCGAUGCCGGAGUCCGAAUUACAAGUGUCUGCGCCGGCACCUGGUGCGUUGAAUGCCACUGGUGGAAACAACUUUGUGAACGUGACACCGACACCUGCUUCACCUGUCGUAAUGGGGGGUAUCGGAACGGACUCGUUUAGUGCCGUUCCAUUGAGCAUGCCACCAGAGAUAAGCGCUAGCGUCGCCACGUCGGCCAGUCUUGUUCAGCCGGAUCCCACGAUGGCUAGUGCUGCCCCAGUGACUGCUACUGGAGCAAACAUGUAUCACGGGAUGACUUUGACUGGACCACAGAUGCAGCAGAUCCAUCAGAUUCAGCAAAUGCAGCAACUGAGGCAAAUGCAACAGCUCCAGCAACUUCAACAGCAGCAGUUGAACGGAAAUGUCAGUGCUGCCCAGCUACAGGCAUCUACUACCGUGCCAACUAGCGGUAUGUCAACCUCGCCAAGUGCUGCUGCCGUGGCUGGAAACGGGAUUGCGCCCGGGAUGAUUCAGAUGAACGAGGUGUCAAUAGCUCAGAAGCGGGAAGAAUUGAAGCGACGGCUGGUUCAGCUGAAGCACGCGCGAACGUGCACGACGGAUGAAUGCGGUAUCGAUCACUGCAGCCGCACGAAGGCAUUGCUUGCACACGUGUCUCGUUGCGCAAACGCUCAGUGCAUCACGCUGGGAUGUAAGUCGACUCGACAGUUGCUAUCGCAUUUUCGCAAAUGCCGCAAUCUACAGUGUGACGUUUGUAGCGCGAUCCGGCCUCCGAUGAACGAGAACGAACAGCAACUGGUACUACGACGACAACAGGAGCGUCUUUGCAUGCUACGCCACGCUAGCACUUGUACAAUGCAGCAUUGCAUUCUGCCAUAUUGCGCUGGAAUGAAAGUGCUCUGGAAGCACAUAUGCGAAUGUCAUCAGCGACAGUGUCGAACUGACCAUUGUAUUUCGUCGCGGUACGUACUAUCGCAUUUCAAGCAGUGCAACAAGAUGAUUUGUGAAGUAUGCGGUCCUGUGCGUAAGGCCAUAAAAGUGGUAGACUCUUGUCGAGGGGACCCUACUCAGCUUCAGUUGACGGCAAGUCAGUGCCCGGAUGGCGUGCGCGGAUUGAUCAAAAUCAUGAACACCACUACUGCAGCGAAUCCUCCCGAGGCCUUAGCAGCACAAGCUGGAGUCAGAAAUGACGCCACAGGGGGUUCCCAACAAGCAAGCGCAGUGAAGGCAAAGGGGUCACCUGUGGCUAGUACUACCGUUUGUGGUGCGGCUAGUCAGGACCACACACACACUUCUAGUGAAGCCAAAGUGACAAAUGUGAAGGAACCGAGUCUGCCGGAGGACACGAAGAAGAAGCCGUUGAAAUUUCAGACUGAAAAAGAGAAAAAGCUUCGCCGAAAAGAGCAGGCCAAAGUUGCAAAGGCCCGUGCCCAGGCAAAGGCUGCCGCGGCGGCAGCGCUUACUGGACCUACUGCAGCUUUGACAGCGGCUGAAGCUGCGCAGCCCGCAACGCACAACGGUCUCGUCGUUCGUGGCACUCAGGCGGAGCUACGCGAUGACCAUCACAUUUCGCACCAAGACAUAUCUUUCUUGGACUCGAUGACGGAAGGCCAGCUAGAUGAGCACAUUCGUUCGCUACGGUUCAAUUUCUGUGGACAUAUUUCGAUUGGUGAGCUGAAGAGUCGACUGAUGCCGUUGCUCACUAAGCUCAUGGAAAGCGACUAUGGUUGGACCUUCAACAAUCCAGUGGACCCUGUGCAGUGGAACAUUCCGGACUACUUUGACAUAAUUAAGUGCCCGAUGGAUCUUGGCACGAUAAAAAAGAGGUUGGAAAGUGAGCACUACAGCAGUGUUGAGUCGUUUGCCGGUGAUGUGCGUUUGGUUUUCGAGAAUUGCAUUGCAUACAACAGCAGUACGAACAAAUUCAAUAUUGCAGCAAAGCAGCUGCUUGCUUCGUUCAAUAAGUCGUUGGCGGCGCUUAAGAAUUUGCUGGAGAAGCAGCUAUUCAAACGCUGCGAACAGCGUCGCGAAGAGAUGUGCCAGCUGUGCGGAGGCGACUCGUUUAAGUUUGCGCCGUGCAUGCUUUUCUGUAGCGGUCCUUGUGCUGGCCGGAUACGGCGACAUACUCACUACUACAGCGAUCCUCGAGGAGAACAUCAUUGGUGCUCAAGCUGCUACAAGCAGAUGAAAGACGGUCCGAUCGACAUGUCCCUUGUGCCUCAAUUAUCGAGUGCUACAGCUGAGGUAGCUCCUCCUCCUGGCGCUGAUAUAAUCCCGUUUGAUGGAGUACUAAAGAAAGCGUCACUGGUAAAGAGGAAGAAUAGUGAGGUCGCGGAAGAACCGUGGGUGGAGUGUGAUUCGUGUAAGUUGUGGUAUCAUCAGAUUUGCGCUUUGUUCAAUGAACGAAACCACGCGAUAUCAGGUGAGCAAGAACCUUUCGUGUGUCCAAUUUGUGUAAAGAAGCAGCGCGUUGCUGGCGUGAAGCCGUCACUGUUUAAUGGUCUGAAGGCCAAACGCCUUCCGAUCACACGAAUGGCAAAGCUGAUUGAGACUCGCGUGCUAGAUUCCAUUGAAAAGGCAGGCAAGGACGAGGCAAUACGUCUGGAUAGCAUGGGCAACUCUGACAGUAUCGGCUUUUCGAGUGGUGCUAAGGAAUCUGCAUCUGACACGCAAUUUGGAGUCACCAUUCGCGAGGUCCUUAGUAUUGACAAGCAAGUGCAAGUCAAACCAAGGAUGGCUAAGUUACUAGCAGCGAAGUACGGGAAAGCCAUUAAGACUGGCCUUGGUGCUAGAGGUGCGGCUGGAAAGACAAAGUCGCUAAAGCGCCCGCGGCCGACAAAAGCUUCCGCUGAUAAGACGGCUGCUACGGCAGCAUCGAUGUCUUUGUCGUUGCAGUUGACGUAUCGAUCACGAUGCAUUUGCGUCUUCCAAGAACUGGAUGGUGUGGAUGUGCUUAUCUUUACGCUAUACGUGCAGGAAUAUGGUCCGGACUCGCUUUCGCCGAAUGCUGGGCGAGUGUACGUUUCGUAUUUGGACUCGGUAAACUACUUUCAACCGAAGAAGCUGCGUACGUUGAUGCAUCAGCAGGUGAUGUUGGGGUUUCUUGAAGACUGCAAAAACCGUGGCUUUCACACUUGCCACAUUUGGUCUUGCCCACCGCUAAAGGGCGAUGACUACAUCUUUUUCUGCAAGCCAGAGAACCAGAAAAUUCCAAAAUCGGCGCGUCUGCGCAUGUGGUACCAAAAACUGCUGGUGCAAGCCAAACGUGAUGGGCUCAUUGCUAACGUGUCCAAUCUGUAUGCUGAGUACUACACAAAGAAGAAAGCAGCUCACGAGUUGCCGUACUUCGAAGGUGACUACUGGCCACGGCUUGCUGAGGAUCUCAUCAAGCAGCUCGAAGAAAAGGACAGUCGAGCAAAAUCGGGUGUUGAGGGUGCCGGUGGCGAUGCUGCUUUGGCUGGAAAUAAAGUGGGCUGCGGUGGUGCAAAAAGUGCACCCGCUGCUGGCUUGACGACAUCCGUGCCUCGGUCCCCUUCGCCGAGUGAGUGUGGCGAUGAGAGUGGUACAAAGACUGCUUUUGUCAGUGGGUCCAAGUCUAUAGCAUCGGUCAAAGGUUCGAUGACACCUGCUACGAAUAUGAAGAACAAGAGCAAGCGCAGUAAAAAAGGUACUGUUGCUACCGAGCCAUCGGUAACGCGGAGCAGCGCUUCGAAGGCUCGUUCGAAGAAGAGUAGUAAUCCGUCACGUUCGUCAAGCUGUUCGAAAAACGUGGUAAAUAAUGACCCGCUGAUGCAAAAGCUAAAGGGCAUUCUUGAGCCGCAAAAGGAUGAUUUUUUUGUAGUGGACUUACAUCCGAAGUGUCACAAGUGCGCGGCUCCGAUCGUACACGAAAGCUACUGGGAGCUGAAAACGAUACCGCCUCUUGCGGCCGUGAACAAUCUGCUGGAAGUUGCCAAGAAGUUGCGUUCCUCGUCGUCGAGCUCCCGCAACUCGCCACCACGCCACUACCAUUACUACUACUGUAGUUCUUGUUACGAGACUCACAAAGUCCAGCUGCUGCAUCGUGUGGAGGUGUCAGUCAAGUGCGCGAAGCGCGCGAAGGAGCUGGGUGACCGUGUUUACCCGCUAAGCGAGAAGGCAGCCAUUGCUGAGCUAGUUGACUUGGAUUUGCAGGACAUCAAGUUUGAGCUGACUCUUAAGUUUGUCGACCCAAUGGCAGACGCCGAGGAAGUAUCUCAGCAAGGGGAGGAAGAACGGUCUAGUGAGAUGACGACUUCUGGGGGCAAAGCGAAGGAAAGCGACGGUGAUGCUGGACUGCCUGCGGAAAAGAGUGCUGUCGCGGAAGCAAGUAGCGAGGCUGCUGGUGAGCGUGCCGUUGGCAGUGCUGCGAGCAAAGCCGGAGAAGCAUCUCGCGAAGCCGCCGAAAGUGCUUUGUUGACGAAGGACCAGAAACUUGAAGAGAGGUUUGUAAAGAACGAAGGUGUGGCAACAGAGCGGAUCAAGAAGCCGAAGAAGAUGGUGCGAAGGAAGAUAAAGCGCGUGAUUGGUGAUGACCUGGAUGAUGUGAUCAUGCCAUGUGAGAUCUUUGACACACGCGAGGCCUUUCUGCUCUACUGCCAGAACAACCAUUGCCAGUUCGACCAGAUCAGGCGGGCGAAGCACUCAUCGAUGAUGGUUUUGUACCACUUGUUUAAUCAAGGCACGACUGGAUUCACGUUCAGCUGCUCAAGUUGCAAGACUACACUGCUAAGUGGUAACCGCUGGAAUUGCUCCAUUUGUCCGGUGUUCAACCUUUGCGAUGCGUGCCACACGAAAACAAAGCAUGAGCAUCAGCUACACUUGUUCAAGGUGGUUUCUAUCCCACAACCUGGCAACGAGGUGUCCCAUGAGACAGUAAGUACUAAGGUCAAGGGUGUCGUGUACAAUGGCGAUGGCGCGACCGGCCAUUCGAUAAAACGCGAACCAGGUAGCUCUGACCUGAAGCGCACGAAGCAGGCAAAACAUAUGAAAGGCGCUGGAAACAAGGUGAAUGGCUCUCGCAAGCGCAAGUUGCACCAGAGCGCGACUGCAGUCGCUCCAACAGCUGUAAAGUCUGAGGCAGUAGUAGCAUCGGGGCAAGGAGCAGCUUCUGUACAGACAGAAGGUACGGCUGACGUAACAGCUACAGCUCCGAGUACUACAGCCGAGCUAGCGACCGGGGUCGCCUCGAACGGAGGUGCAAGUGAUGUGGACGCUGCCAAGAAGCGACGAAUUCACAACAUCGACCCGCAACUUUUGCUGCAGUUGGAGCACGCGAGCAGUUGCUCGGUGCCAAACUGUGCGUUUUUCAACUGCAAUCGUAUGCAGGCCAUGCUCAAACACGGUGCGAUUUGUGAGCAGCGACUUGCUGGUCCCUGUGUAUUGUGCAAGCGUAUCAUUGGACUUCUAUCUGCCCACGCUCGUCAAUGCACGAAAGACUACGCAUCGUGCAAAGUGCCCCGGUGUGCUGACAUCCGUCGCCAUUUUCAAGCGCAGGUUCAAGCUCGACAGCAGCAGCGCCCGCGUCCGAAGGAGGCUCAGGCCCAAGAGCAGCAUGGAGUCGACGAGUCGGGUACUACCACAGCCGUCACAACCGCUUUUGUCGCUGACGAGAAGUGUGAUGCAGCUUCGUAG